AUGGCUAAACUCACGUCCAAAAGACCUAGAGAAGAGGAAGUUUUGUCCGAUGAUGAAGGUGUUGUAGACAUCGCAAGCAACAUUGCACUUGAUGGAGACGAGAGUAGCUCCAGCGAUGAAGACAGUGACAAUGGAGAAGAGAAUGAAAUUCGGGAUAUCAUAGAAUCUAGUGAUGACGAGAAGGAUGAGAAAGAGCGUACCUCGUCGAAGCAGAAAAAAAGCACGGACGGGAAAAAACCUAAGUCGGUUUUAGCCUUCCCAACUUUGGAACUAUCAGAUGAUGAAGAUGCUACAAGGACAGAAGGAGCUCAGGAUGCUGCUGAUGAGGUCACUGAGUAUUUUUCAACCAACAGCAACGCCAACGCCAAACACAAAAAAGGUUCCUUCGCCAGUUUUGGACUAUCAAAGUCUAUUUUGUCGAAUAUCGGCAAAAAAGGAUUCCGCCAACCUACUCCAAUUCAGCGUAAAACCAUCCCGCUGAUUUUACAGAGGCGUGAUAUUGUGGGUAUGGCAAGAACAGGAUCUGGUAAAACUGCCGCGUUCGUGCUCCCCAUGAUUGAAAGACUCAAGUGUCACUCUGCUAAGAUUGGUGCCCGUGCCGUCAUUCUUUCGCCUUCGAGAGAAUUAGCAUUGCAAACCCAUAAGGUGUUUCGUGAGUUUGCGAGGGGUUCGGAUCUUCGUGGUGUUCUGAUAACUGGUGGUGAGUCGUUAGAAGAUCAAUUUUCCGCAAUGAUGUCCAAUCCAGAUGUUCUCAUAACCACUCCUGGCCGUUUUUUGCAUUUGAAGGUGGAAAUGAAUCUCGAUUUGAAAUCCAUGGAGUACGUUGUGUUCGAUGAAGCUGAUAGAUUAUUCGAAAUGGGUUUCGAGGAACAGCUCAACGAGCUAUUGGCAGCUUUCCCUUCCAACAGACAGACAUUAUUAUUUUCGGCUACACUGCCCGCUUCUCUAGUUGACUUCGCCAAAGCGGGGCUUACGAAUCCCGUUCUAGUGAGACUAGAUGCUGAGACUAAAGUGUCUGAGAAUUUAGAAAUGCUGUAUUUGACAUCCAAGAAUGAGGAGAGGGAAGCAAACUUGCUGUUUCUACUGCAAGAAGUCAUGGAAAUUCCGGUUGCCACGGAGGAACAACUACUUGAAUUUCGCGAGAAAACGAAAGAGGAUGAUGACAGCGAUGAUAGUGACGCUGCUGAGAAUAGCAGGGAUAAACGCAGCAAAAAGAAACAUAAAUCUGGGCCGCGGAAAAGGCUACCGGCAGCAAACGAAUUACCUUCAGAAAAAGCUACCAUUGUUUUCGCUCCAACAAAGCAUCAUGUUGAGUACAUCUCACAGCUGCUAAAGAACUGCGGGUAUCUUGUUUCUUACUUAUACGGAACACUUGAUCAGCAUGCUCGUCGCCAGCAGCUUUUCAACUUCAGAUCUGGCUUGACAACAAUUCUGGUAGUGACAGAUGUGGCAGCUAGAGGUGUUGAUAUUCCUAUGUUGGCCAAUGUAGUGAAUUAUUCGCUGCCUGGUUCCUCCAAGAUUUUCGUGCAUAGAGUUGGUAGAACAGCAAGAGCCGGUAACAAAGGUUCUGCUUACUCUAUCGUUUCUGAUAACGAGCUACCAUAUCUCUUGGAUCUAGAACUGUUUUUGGGGAGAAAAAUUUUGUUGACGUCGAUGUUUGAAGCCACCACCCAGAUGCUGAAAUCCAAGUGGAUCAGUGAAGGCAACUCAGAAUUGACUUUCAAGCCACCGAAAGUUUCAUACACUAAUCGGAUGGUGCUAGGUAGCUGUCCGAGACUUGAACUCGAAACUUGUGGGGAUCUAUUCAAGAAUCUUUUGCAAUCGAGCUUUGAUUUGCAGCAACUCAAGGCUGUUGCUGCUAAGGCUGAGAAGCUUUAUUUCAGGACACGGCCGCCUGCGUCCCAAGAAUCAAUGAAGCGUUCCAAAGAAGUUGCGUCAAGUGGGUGGGAUGAGCAGAAUCUCAAGUUUGGCAAAAAUGUCGAAAAGGAAAAGCUCGAUUUCCUAGCUAAACUUCAGAACCGUAAUCACAAGGAUACUGUAUUUGAAUUUGCUCGUAAUCACGACGACGAAAUGGCAAUGCUCAUGAAGAAAAGACGGAGACAAAUAGCACCAAUCCAGCGCAGGGCUCGUGAAAGGAAAGAGCUUCUAGAGAAAGAAAGAAUGGCAGGCUUAAGGCACACGGUAGAGGAUGAAAUCUUGAAGGGCGACAGUAACGAAGUUGGUUACUCUGUACCCGAGGAAGUUUUGAAUCGCGCAUUUGAAGACGCCGAUGAGGUCUUAGAGAGCCAGAAACCAAACAAGAAAUCAAAAACCUACAAGGACCCCGCUUUCUUCCUAUCGCAUUACGCACCAGCACAUGAGGUUCAAGACAAACAGUUGCAAUUGACGACAGGGUUUACGAACGAUGCCGCCAACGCUACUUUUGACCUGCACAACGACGACAAGGUGCAGAACCAUAAACAAGUGCCCACUGUCAAAUGGGACAAAAAGCGCAAGAAGUAUGUGAACUCCCAGGGCUUGGACAACAAAAAAUACAUCAUGGGCGAGAGUGGCCACAAGAUACCUGCCUCGUUCCGGUCAGGAAAGUUCGACGAGUGGUCCAAGGCACGCAAACUCGGGCCUAUCAAGGUAGGUGCUCGAGAAUCAAGUACCACCUCGAAACUGCUCAACGACCCUACGGGACCUGGUGGAUCGCAGAGAACUGUUGGUGGAAAAUUCAAGCACAAACAGGUCAAAGCUCCUAAACUUCCCGACAAGCACAGGGAUGACUACCACACUCAGAAAAAGAAGGUUGAAAAGGCCAUUGGCAGCGGUAUUUCUGUCAAGGGCUUCAACAAGCCGGGUUCUACGAGCGAGUUGAAGACUCCACAGCAAAUCUACAAGGAAAGAGUCGCAAAGGAAAACCGCAAGGCCAAGAACGCUCGUCCUUCCAAGAAACGCAAGUACUGA